AUGUCAGCAGAAACAGGACUACAACCGGAGAUGGCAAACGUCGACCGACCCAAUGAAGACCUGCCUGUCGCCGCUGAACAAAGUGAUGAUCUUUUUGGCGAGGAACCCAAUGGCGAGUCCGUGGACGAUGUUGUCAAGGCACCUCUCGACAAUACUGUCGAUGGUGCCGACGCGUUGAAGCCGGCGCCGGCUGCCACUGACCUUUCAGCGAAUGGCCCUCCGACUCCCGCCGACUCGCAGACUGUUGACGGUCCACCUACAUCCGACGCUGCUCCAGUGACAGAACAAUCUUCCGGCAUCGAAGGCGUUGCUAAGUUCAUUCCAUCUGACGCGAACCUUGACCAGCCUGUCGUCUCACCGUCAGAGCCUCUCGGCGAUGGUGAAGCGCACAUCACUGAGGACACCGAGGUCACUGACGCACCUUCACUUGCGACUGCGGCUGAGACUCACUCCACCACCACUGUGCCGGAACCUCAAGUGACUGAAGAUUCAAGCGCUGCCACCACUAAUGGUGUUGUUGCCGCCAACCCCGACUCAAAUCAACUCUCAACCACAGAACUUUCAAGCGGUGUUGUCGACCAGUCAAAACCUGACGAUCUUAAACCCGCAUCAGAUCUUCNNCCCCUCGCCAACGGUUCCAUCUCCGACUCGACUGCGGCAGCUGAAACAGCACCUACUAUGGACGGCCUCGCCGAUCAGGCGCCUGCCGCGCUUCCAGUAGACACUUCAGUCGACCAAGAAAUGUCAGAUGCGCCUUCAGCAGGGACUGUGCGCGCACGCGAAGAAGACGAUGCGACUGGCGAGCCUUCCGCAAAGCGCACGAAGACUGCAGAUGAUGUUAAUGAUGAGGCGCAAGCUGAAUUCGAAGACAACGGAGCUGUGAGCGCUGCUCAGGCUGCACCUGUCACAACAAACGGUGGAACCAAUGGUAUUGCCGUCCCUGUUGUUCGCCCUCAGAACACUCCCCGCAUAAGCUCUGGCCCCAUUACCAAGAACCAAAAGGCUUUCUUGAUCGAAAAGAUGAAGAACACCAAGAAAGUCAAGUCUGCCUACUGGUUCACCAAGCCUGUCGAUUAUGUGACUCUGAAUAUUCCCCACUACCCGACUGUUAUCAAGCAGCCUAUGGAUCUUACCACGAUUGAGCAAAAACUCAAGAACGACCAAUAUUCAUCGGUCGAUGAUCUUGUGUCUGACUUUGAGCUUAUGGUCACCAACUGCUUUACCUUCAACGGCAUUAACCAUGCUGCUUCUGUUUCGGCGCAAAACCUCCGAGCUUAUUUCGUGAAGCAGAUGCAAAUGUGCCCUACUGGAGAAGCUGCGUUGCCCAAACAAAAGUCGCAUGUCGCCAAGAAGGCAUCACCAAAGCCUGCAGCUCUACCUCGUCCUGAGUCAACCAAGCCUUCUGCACCGGUCAAGUCGCCUGCUGGUGAGACAUUUGCUCUCUUGCCUGAUGGAACUCCAAUGAUCCGCCGAGAUUCAACUGCUGGCAGGCCCAAGCGGGCAGUCGUCCCUCCGGCCCCACGCGAUCUGCCUUAUUCAACAUCUAAGCCCAAGAGAAAGGAAGCUCAGACUGGCUUGAAGUUCUGCGAGCACAUUCUGGAAGAGUUCCGCAAGUCAAAGUACGACCGCUUCGCCACUCCGUUCCGCAUCCCUGUCGAUCCUGUUGCCCUCAAUAUUCCCCAGUACUUCAGCAUCAUCAAGCAUCCCAUGGACAUCUCUACGAUCACUCAGAGGCUGAAGGGAGGACAGUAUGCGACUGCCGAAGAGUUCAGAAGUGAUUUCGAAUUGAUGUUCACCAACUGCUUCAGAUUCAACCCUGCUGAAAACGUUGUGCACCAAAUGGGCAGAGACUUCCAGGCCGAGUUCCACAGAGAGUGGGCCAAGAAGGAUAGCUGGAUCAAGAGACACACGUCUCAAUCUCAACGCGCUAGUCCCGUGUCAGAUGUCUCUGAUGGCGAUGAGUCCGAUGAUGCUCACGAGGAAGACGACGAACAUGACAACAACGAGGCUACGAUCUCUCUGCUCAGAGAGCAACUGGCCGCCAUGCAGAACAUGGUUGCAUCUAUUUCUGGCGGCAAACGCGCAUCUCCCAAGGCCUCUGGUAACAAGAAGAAGAGCAAGAGUGGCAGCAACGUUGUCAGCAAACCCAGCAAGAAGUCCGGUGGCAGCUCCAGCCUUUCUCGACCUACCAUUAAGACCAGUUCUAAGCCUAAGAAGCAACGCCUGGUUACAUAUGAUGAGAAGCAGGAAAUCAGCAGCGCUACAGAACACAUGAGUGCCGAACAGGUUGAGAAGCUGACCAACAUCAUCACUGAAAAUGUUGCUAAGUACAAGGAUAUGGCCGGCGACGAUGUUGAGCUCGAGAUUGACGAUCUGCCCAAUGAGGUGCAGCACAAGCUGCUACGUUACGUCCGCAGCAUUUUCCCCAAGGCUGAGCCAGUCGAGAUGGAUGCCAACGCCAUUGAUGACGACUAUGAGCCCGAGAAGCCGUCAGCACGUUCUGGCGGAGCUGCGAAGAAGAAGCACAAGCCCAUGAAGAAGCACGAGCAAGAGGACCGCAUCAGACAGCUCAAGGAGCAGAUGGCUGCUAUGUCUGGUGAUGUCAACUCUGUUGGUGGCGGUGCAGCACCUUCAGCUCCUCACCACGCCGACAGCAGUGAUGACGACGACAGCGAGAGCAGUGAAGAAGAGUAG